UCCUGAAGGUUCAUAGUGACUCUCACGUUCACUAAAGAUUUAGCCUUACAGCCCUCACAUUCAUCAAGGCUCUUUCUCUGGCACUAUAUAAAGAUGUCUUUUGCUAGAGUAACACGAUCGUUCAUCUAUACUCCUAAACACCUCCCCCCUAUUCUUUCAUUGAGCUGGCAGAUACAUAAGAAGCAAUUAUCUUUUAUAAACAAUCAACAGUCCUUUUAUACCAUCAUGGAGACUGGAGAGUCUCAGGGCCCUGCUAUGGCUCUGGGCAUCAACAGUUCUGAUGACCAUCAUGAAAUCAGCAAUUUGGAGAACCUCACCAAUGCUCACGCUUCCAUGAUCAAAGAGUCCUUGGUGGCUCAGAUCCCUGCUAGUUCAGAUGAAUUCCAGUUCCCUCCCGGCACUUUUUUUACCGCUGCGACUCGCCAGGUCGGUUUGGACAUGAGGAACGUCUACCGCAAGGCACUUAUCAAGAAUGGUAUUGUUGCUAUUGAGCUGAAAUUCGAUGAUCCCGCCAGUCAGUUCCUAGUCGACCUCGUUGCAGCUAUGCAGUUCAAAGCCGACAAACACUCUGACACCCAAGGCGUGCUCUGGGACGUCAAGUUGAAUGAUGCAGGCGUCCUCAGUACCGGAACCGGCAAGGCCGCCCGCAGCAUUUCCCACUCUCUUAACGAAUUCGACUGGCAUACCGAUGGGGCGUUCGAGACUAAGCCAACUCGAUUCUUUGGUUUGCAUAUCAUUCACCCCGACAAAAUGGGUGGAGGCGUCUUCCGGGUUGCGAGGGCCGAGGAACUGGUUGCUCUCCUCUCCCCCAGGACCGUGGCGACCUUGAACAAUUCCUGGUUCACCCUCCGUGUGCCUCCUGAAUUCCACAAGGGAGUCAGCACCGUUCAGGGCAAGGUCUUGGAGAUUGAUCCGGUCUCAGGCGAUGCCCUUGUUCGCUAUCGCCGCGAUAUCUUUCUUGACCCCCCCAGCUCCAACGAGGAGGCUUCCGCUGCCGUUAGAGAGCUGAUGGGUCGUUUGGGCGACGCCGAAGCCAUCGGAGAGGCGAUUCCUGCGAUUGUUUUCAAGGAGAACGUUGUUAUUCUGAUGGACAACGCCCGUUUUCUCCACUCCAGGACCGAGAUCAAAGAUCCACGCCGCUGGUUGAGACGCAUUCGUUUCCAUGACUCUGUUUAAACGGCACAUCGAACAGCACGUUGCGCAGCAGGUUACAUGGCAAGUUAAGCAGCUAGAUUGCAAUCUUCCAGGCCAGGAUAAAUAAGUUCACCAUUGAGAUGUCCCUGUUGUCUUUUGCAUACAUAGCUUCUUAGUGGGAUAGUGGAAGGGCGACUAACCCGGCUACCUUAGUCUGCAGUCCUCAGGGAAGGCUUAGUAUUUCGGAAUGACAUUACAGAAUUGGCUUUUUAUUUAGGAACCAAAAAAUACAGUAGGACUGUAGCGUAGGCCUUUGAAGAUAUAUAACUAGUGUGUAUAUCUGCUUGAGAAGUAAGAUGUGUGAAGUGUAAUAGUUAGUGGGCAUUGGGCGUCCAAAGAGACAAUAAAUUGUUCCCAUUGUAAUAAAGACAUUUUCUUUAUGACCAGUUGACCAUGUAACACAGUUAUCUUCAUUGAUCAGUCCAACUAGGAGGACAAUGAAGCCGCCCGCUCUCUCGACGAUCAAAA